AUGAGAUAUUUACACUUACCUGCCUCACCCAGCCCACCUCCCCUCUCGAGGAAGUUGAAAGGUGAACACGAAUCUUGUGGGCAAUGGUGCCAUGCUGCAGAUGAGGGAUACAAGCCAAAGAAAUUGCCUUAUGGUAAACCACUUACAGAUCCUAACUUGAAAGAGGCCUUGGGGGACCUGAUGACGAAGUAUGCCUUGAAGUCAGCAAAUCUUUCAAAGCUUGGAUCCUCUCAAGCAAAUGAAAGUUUCAACCAAAUGGUAUCCACAAAAGCCCCAAAGAGAUUCUUAAUCAAAGGAAGAAACUCAGAUAUUAUACAAAUUGCGGCAAAGUGUGGUGACUCUUCUUUUGACACCUACGUGCUACCCGAGAAACCUAUCACCUCUGGGGCAUCAGCAGCCACAGGGUUAAGCUUCAGAAGAGGAACCCUCUUCCACCACAACGUAGAAGUGGAAGCACAGAGAGCAAAGGAUGGCCUAGUGAAGUUUCUGGAUUUUAUCAAGUUAUUUCCAAAUCCGUACAUUAUUGGACAUAACAUCAAGAACUUUGAUGUUCCCAUACUUUUGUUUCACCUGGAUCAGCAUGACCUUCUUUCGGAAUUUGAAACAUCAGUAUGUGGCUUCUUGGACACACUCCCUAUCUCAAGAUCAUUGUUUAGUAAAGAAGAAGUUAAUGGAAGCUAUUCACAGCAGUCCCUGGUGAAAUCUUUAAUCAACAAAAAUUAUGCAGCCCAUGAUGCUCUGCAGGAUGUCAGUGCAUUGCAGGAACUGUUCAUGAAAAAAAUUUACAAUGAGAAUGAACUGGAAAAAUUCCUUUUCUAUUCAUCGUACUACAAGUGUAAAGACAGUCUUCAGCCUCUUGUGGCUCAGAAAGUAAUUUCCCAGAAUCUCAUGAAAAAACUGGCAGAGGCAUCACUGGGGCUGUCACACUUAGCUGUGAUACACAGGAGAGACACGGUGAAUGGCAUAAAGAGCAUUUUUAAAAAAUGCAAAUUUUGCAUUAGAUCAGAUGUGGUCAACAAAUUAGCUCAUUAUUUUGAUUCAGAGUUGUAA